GCACUUCUCCCUGUCGUCUCGCCCGCCCGCGCGCGCGGUCGUUUAACCUUUUUUCUCCCACCGCUCGCCCCGUCCCGCUUUCCCCCCGGCAGCGACGACUCCUGCGGAGGUACAGAGAGAUGAGGACGAGGAGCGGGUCCCGGUAUUCCAACGGCGGCGAGGUGGUUGCCUUGGUGGGUCAGAAGAGGAAGAGGUCGCCGUCGGCCGUCGCCGGAGAGUGCGACUGCGGCGGGCGCAGGAAGCGGCCUGCCGGCGAGCCGGACUACCUGGACGCGCUUCCCGAUGACCUUGUCCUCUCCAUCCUGUCCAAGCUCGCCGCCGCCUCCUCGGCGCCGUCCGACCUGCUCUCGGUCCACCUCACGUGCAAGAGGCUGAACGAGCUCGGCAGCCAUGACAUGGUGUUCGCCAAGGCCUCGCCGGCGUCGCUGGCGGUCAAGGCGGCGGCGUGGUCCGAGCCGGCGCAGAGGUUCCUCAAGCGCUGCGCCGACGCCGGCAACCUCGAGGCCUGCUACAACCUGGGCAUGAUCCGCUUCUACUGCCUGGGCAGCCGCAGCGGCGGCGCGGCGCUGCUGGCGAGGGCGGCCGUCGGCGGGCACGCGGCGGCGCUCUACUCGCUGGCGGUCAUCCAGUUCAACGGCAGCGGCGGGGCCAAGUCGGACCGCGACCUGCGCGCGGGGGCUGCCCUGUGCGCGCGCGCGGCCUCGCUGGGCCACGUCGACGCGCUCCGCGAGCUCGGGCACUGCCUCCAGGACGGCUACGGCGUGCGGCGGGACCCCGCCGAGGGCCGGCGCCUGCUGGUCGCGGCGAACGCCCGCGAGCUCACGCUCGCGCUCUCCGCGGCCGCCUCGCGCCACGCCGUCGCCGCGCUGCCCUUCGCCGCGGCCGCCGGCGUCGUCGGCGGCGGCGGGGGGUGCCCCCUCCUGUCCGACUUCGGGUGGAGCCUCCCCGAGGCGGAGCCCCACGCGGCGAACCAGUUCAUGGUGGACUGGUGGGCCUCCCGCUGCGCCGCCCAGGCGGGCGGGAAGAAGGACGGCGACGGCAGCGGCGUGGACGGCGACGGAGACGGCGCGGAGCUCCGUCUUUGCUCCCACGUGCGGUGCGGGCGGCGCGAGACGCGGCGGCACGAGUUCCGGCGGUGCUCCGUGUGCGGCGCGGCCAACUACUGCUCCCGCGCGUGCCAGGCGCUGGACUGGAAGCGCGCGCACAAGGCGCAGUGCGUGCCCAUGGACCGGUGGCUCCUCGCCGGCGUUGCCGUUGGCGGCGGCGUCGAGGCGCAGCAGCACCAGCAGUGAGCGAGGAAACGGCUCGGCGGCUGACAUGACGUACCAGCACCGAGUCCCCUACAGGCCCACGGCUCCGCUGCGUGGACCGGGCGUAGCGGAAAGCGGCGCAGGGAGGGGAAGGCGUUUCGGCUGUUUUCUCUUUCUUUUUGCCUCUUUUUCACCUGCUGAUGAAUUGAAUGAGGUGUAUAUCGCUGGCGCUGCCUGCCGUUCAGAUGCGCAUUUUCUACUAGGUAGUACCAGGGAAGCAAAGAGCCAAAGAGCAGUGGAGAUCCAGCAGCCGCGCCUCUCCUUUAUUUUCUUGUAAUGUUCUGGCAUUUCCAAGCUAGAAAUCGUAGAAUUCCAAUUUCCAAGCCGUUUUGUAAUGGAGCUUUGGAGCUGAGGUUUUCCAUGGGGGUUUC